AUGUCUUUUCCCAAUGUUGUCAGAGCGUAUUCACUUGCUUCCGGUGCGUUUUUGACCGGUUUUGACACGCUUCUUGACGUUUUCUUCUGUCCAUAUGAAGGAACAUUUCAAGAUGUGGAGGUGACUAUGCUGGAUAUGCCGGAAGACCUGCCGGUGGUGAUCAAACAAAAUGGCAACCGCCGAGAAAGUCGAACAAGAACUACCUGGGAGAUCAUCCGCGAGAUUCUAGCCUGGCUGCCGGUCAAGUCCUUAUGCCGAUUCAGGUGUGUCCAGAAGUCUUGGAAUUAUUUAACCUACGACCCUCGCUUUAUCAAAUUUCACUAUGACAAAGCCACCGAGCACGACAAUGUGCUCUGCCAAAGACGAAGAGUCUUCGUUUGUAAUAUGUGGAUGCUUUGCUCUGUUAAUCUUGAUGAGGGUCUCAAGCAUAUUAAUCUCGAUGACCAUUCUGGGUAUCGGUUUUUAGUAGACAGUACAUAUCUUCGGGAUUUCAUGGGUUUGGCGAUUCAUUGCAAUGGCUUGUUGUUCGGCUGGUCUUGCUAUCAUGAGUUUAUGUUGUUUAACCCUGUUAUCAAUCAGACCAAGAUUUUGCCUAUGCCUCCGACGUAUGAUAGUUUGACUCUUGAGCUGUGUGGGUUUGGAUUUGAUGUGUCUGCAAUGGAUUACAAGGUGGUUCAUGGGCAUUUCUGUGAUGAUGGACUUAGGUUCAGUCUUUAUUCAUUGAUAUCAGGUUCUUGGCGAGUCAUUGAAACAAUGUAUCCUUACAUACAUCGAACACCGGCUGUGGAGGGGAGAAUAGUGAAUGGAGGAGUACAUUGGAUGGUUGGAAAUGUGAAAGAUGGAUCAUCAUCCAUGGUUAUUAUAUCUUUUGGUUUAGCGGAUGAGGAUGUUAGUGAGAUUUUAAUGCCGCCGGAUUUUAAUGUUUAUGAAGAUGAAGAGGAGUAUUAUCUCAGUGUCUUUGAAGGAUGCAUAUGUGUGGGCAAAAGGGAUGCCCUGGCUUUUUGGGUCAUGAGAGAGUAUGGAGUGGUCAAUUCCUGGACUAAAAUAAGAAUGAACAUACCAUUUUAUGAGGGGUUACAUUCCGGUUUUGUGAAGAAAAAUCAUCAUCUGUUGCUGUUUCAAGUGGGUUCGCAACUGCAGUUGGUCAUGUACAAUUUUGAUAAGAAAAGAUCUCGCAAUCUAUCCGUUCAUGGAGUUCGCGAGGUUUGUUCUGCUGGAAUUUACUUGGAGAGCCUUGUGUCACCCAAUAAAUAUAGCAUCACUCAAUAAUUUAGCAUUGCAGCUGCAAUGCAGCUGGAAUAGGAGCAAGUAUAUUUCUACCCGAGGACAUCUUUAGCUGUAGUGAUGCGAGCAUGUGAAAGGCUUUUCUCAUGUUUUGGUUCAAAUUCAGGUGCACCUGAACUUCAGUUGUCAUCUUUUGGUUUAUAGCUAGAGUCUAGCUCUAAAAAACAAUUUUUCUAACUUAGUUACC